CGCCCGGCCCACGGCGACGACCACUUCCGCCGACCGCGCCGACGCCUCAGGAGGACCUGCCUCGCAGUGGCGCCCGCGCGGUACAGCUCGCCAGAGGCCCUCUCGCACCUGCGGACAAGGGCCUGGCUGCCGUGGCGGUGCAAGCGGACCAGCACGGCGGUGUCCCAGGUGAAGGUGGUGCAGGUCAGCUUCAGCGUUCCGUCCGUAGGCGGGACGCCGGACCACCUGGAUGGAGCGCAGACGCGCCGCCUCCAGGGCGCGCCUCGGCUCGGCACGUCUGCUCCGGCGCCGCCUUUUUUUUCUUCGCUCGGCGGCGAGUGGUGGCAGAGUGCGGCCGAG